GGCAGCAUUUUCCUCCAGACGGCUCUGAUCAACCUCGGUUUCAAAGUCAAAUUGUCGCAGGAAGCUAGGGUACUUGCGGCUGCGAAAAUUUACGGAAUUGAAAGACAGUAACGUAGUAUCCGCGAUAAUUUUACGUCAUGGGUGAAGCACAGAGUCCUCCCCGGCUCAGCCCAAGAAAGAAGCGGGCGCAGAAGCCCCUCGGCAAUGGCUUCUUCGGCGGUAUCAAAGAAACACCAGGCAGGGCAGCACCCCCCCUCUCUAGUGCAGCACCAUCCUCGUCGCCGGCCUUUGCGACGCCCGCUCACACACUGCGGCCCUUCAACCCGCAAAAGCCCGCCGGAGCAGCCAUCCUCCCGAUCCUCUUACCGCCAGCAACACUCCGCCCAUUGGCCUUCCGGACCUUUACCAAAAAACACAGCCUGACCCUCACAUCGUCUGCUCUACAAGAGCUGGCGUCCUUUGUCGGCCGACACUGCGGCUCAGGAUGGCGUGAGGAAGGGCUCGCCGAGCGUGUGCUAGAGGAGGUGGCAAAAUCGUGGAAGGCUGGCAAUGGCGGGGUGAUAGUCGAUGGGGCCAGCCCCAUCCUGAAGGACAUCCUCAAGACGCUGGAAGGCAACAUGGUUGGGGGCAAGAUUGUUACUGGUGCAGGAAAGGGCUUGGUUCGGCAGAAUAGUCUUCUGUUGGAUCCCUCGAGGGAACCGGACUAUUCUUCUACCACCCGCCUGGGCCUGAGACCAUCUAUUGCACUUCAACGUGAUGACAGCCAGUCUAGUAUGGGCAUGUCUGGGCUCAACUUCGAGGAAGAGCCCGAAGAAGACACGCUCAGUGAUCCAAGAAAGUGGUUGAAAGUAGUUGGGGCAUAUGAACAGCCACGGAUGGUUUAUAACGUGGCCAAAAAGCACUUCGAGAGAGAUGCUUCUAAACCUUCGAUAUUACCAACAGCUUCUCAUAAGACCCUUUUGUUUCGCAAUCGAUUCAACGUCAUCCACCAGCGUCUCCUUCGUAAUGAAGCCUUUCAGACAUCCGCCGUCGCCGACACCAAACGCGGCUCACUUGCCCGUUCAACGUCAUCCCUCUCAUCACAACAGUCAUAUAAAAUCACACCCAUUGCCAACUUACUUGGACGCCACGGCAGCCACCACAUGCUUUUAGGAAUGCUGGUAAUAAUGCCGGCAGGUAACCUUGCUGUCAGUGACCUUACCGGAACUAUUGCGCUAGACGUCACCCAAGCAGCCACCAUUCCCGACGAUUCUUCAUGGUUUACCCCGGGGAUGGUUGUGCUCAUCGAUGGUGUUUAUGAGGAGGAGGAUGACCACACCGCCAAGGGCCUCAGUGGCAGCAGCGGAAUUGGUGGCACCAUUGGCGGUCGAUUUCAGGGCUUCUUCAUCGGCCAGCCGCCAUGUGAGAAGAGGCGAGCGACACUGGGUGUCAGCGGACCAGAAGGCGAUGGUUUGGAGCACACCAUAGGGGGUGGCUUUGGAUGGAUUGACUUUCUAGGAGUUGGGAGCGAGCGCGCGAUGGGCCCGAGGAUGCGAAAGCUGGAAAGACGUUUACUGCGCCAACCACAGCUUUCUCGACAAGACAUGGCCGCGUCGGUACUGGAGUCCACUCUUUCAUCAACGCUCCCCAGACGUGGCCGAAUUAUCAUCUUGGGCGAGCUGAAUCUGGACCAGCCUCGUGCUCUGCAGGCAUUGCGCAAGAUUCUGGCCACAUAUGCCAACGAAACAGACAAUGAUGGCAGCGAAAACGACGCCGCUGACGAGACUGUUGCAAGCACGAAACCCAACAAGACCACGACACCUUUGGCCUUUGUUCUUGCGGGAAGCUUUUCAUCACAGGCCGUAAUGGCUCGGAACGGAGCUGGUGGAGGUGGAGGAGGCGGAUCCGCUGGAUUAACCGGUAGCGGCGGAGGGGGCAGCAUCGAGUACAAAGAAUACUUUGAUUCACUCGCGGGGACUCUAGCCGAAUUCCCAUCGCUCCUACGAGAAUCUACUUUCGUCUUUGUUCCGGGCGAUAACGAUGGCUGGGCUUCGUCAUUUGGCGCAGGUGCCGCGGUGCCUCUACCGCGCAAGGCCGUUCCAGACCUUUUCACGUCGCGCGUCCGUCGCGCCUUCGCCACCGCUAACGCCGAAGGGACCUCGCCACGAGCGAACGCGCCUGGGGGCGAGGCCGUCUUCACCACCAACCCGAGUCGCAUGACGCUUUUUGGUCCAAAUCACGAGAUAGUCCUGUUCCGCGAUGAUAUAUCAGCGCGCCUAAGGCGGGCUGCUGUGCGGCUCAAAGGCUCGUCCUCUACCUCCACCGGCCCAGAGCACGACAACAACGAAGUGCGCAUGUCGGACGACGCCCCGACAGCAGGGGACAUGGAAAUUGACGAACUGCCUGAUCCGGCUGUAGAGAGCGCAGCUUCAAAAGAGCCAAGACCAGACAUGGUGCCGCAUGAUGUGCGCGCAGCUCAAAAGCUCGUCAAGACGAUCCUUGACCAAGGAUAUCUGGCUCCAUUUCGCACAGCUGUCCGCCCUGUACACUGGGAUCACGCCUCGGCGCUACACCUAUAUCCCCUACCAACUGCACUAGUGCUGGCCGACGCUACGGCGCCGCCCUUUUGUGUGACGUACGAGGGGUGCCAUGUCAUGAAUCCUGGGCCGCUACUCGUACCAGGGAGGAGGGGAGUUGCAAGAUGGGUUGAGUAUAACGUUGGGCAUAGAGGAAGCGUGAAAGAGUGUUUGUUUUGAUUUACUUGCGUGACGGUCGUUUUACGUCGUACUUGACAAGCGUUUCAUGAGUAGGAGGGAAGUAGAUCGACUUUGUGGUUUGGGCAAGGCGAUUUUUCUGUUUUUCUUUCGGCGGGGAUAUACCAGAUUUAUAUUUAUAUAUGUAUGAGAUAUGUCGGCAUAUCAGAGCUUGUAUAGAUGGCGAAGCUGCCAUGAAAAAGGGGCAGGAUCCGUUGACUAAUGACACGAACGUGAGACACUACUGAAUAUGCAAUGCUUACUGAAACCCUUAGUAUGGAUCCAAUCUCAAAUCAUG